CAUAAAGGAAUGCAUCACAUUUUCGAUUAUUUCAAUUAAUUUACAACACGACAAAUCAUUCCAGGAAAUUAGGAGGGAGUGGUACAUAAGAUUGCUCCCUGUAUUUGAAAUCAAUUAAUUCCGAGAAAUAAAUUAUAUGAUUACUAUAAAUUAGGUUAUGUUGUGAAGUGAAGAUUGAAUAAAAACAAUGUCAGGUAGUGUCAACAUAUGUGCUGUAACAGAGGAAGUAAAAAAAGCCUUGAAAGAAUUUAGAUUUAGAAAGGCCCAGGAUACGGCAGCCCUUGUACUGAAAGUUGACCGAGAAAAGCAACAAAUUAUAAUAGACGAGAAAUUUGAAGAUAUAAGUAUUGAAGACUUGCAGGAAUCACUGCCUAGUCAUCAGCCUCGUUACAUAGUCCUGUCCUAUCGUCAAGAACACAGUGAUGGAAGAGUAUCAUAUCCGUUGUGUUUUAUCUUUUUUACACCUAGAGAUAGCCAUGCUGAGCUUCAAAUGAUGUACGCAGGAUCAAAAAUUGCCCUUCAGCAAGAGGCUGAUCUCACGAGGGCCUAUGAAAUUAGAGAACUCGAAGAUCUAACGGAAGAGUGGUUAUUAGGGAAGCUCGGUAACUAAAUUGACUAAAUGUUUGAGUAUAAAACUUGCCUCUCUAAAAUAUUAGGACAAACUAUGUAUUUACUGGAUGUGUUCGAGCAAUCAUAAAUAGUAUUCAUCAUAUACCAAGGGAAUAAUAAAUAAAGUAUUACUAUGCAUGUAUAAAAAAUAAAGCUGCCAUAAAUUUCACGUUGGGUGUCAAAAAAAUUAAAGCAAUAUUCUUUCCAGUUAAUUUUAUUUGGACUGUGAUAUUAAAUUAACCAGUUUAUAUGA